GUAGAGGCACGGGCGCCAUUUUGUGGAGAGACGUUGAGCUGAGCGAGUCUCAGAGGAGGGCAAGGUCGACAAACAACGCUUAGACAACAAGACAAGCCUACGAAGGGAAAAAAACAGCCGCUCGACAACCAGUUAUCUUCCGAGAGGAAAGCGAAUCUUAUCGUAUGUCCGCUAUCCAGAACCUCCAAACUUUCGACCCCUUUGCUGAUGCAACUAAGGGUGAUGACCGGCUCCCGGCUGGGACUGAAGACUACAUCCAUAUAAGAAUUCAGCAGAGAAACGGCAGGAAGACUCUGACCACUGUCCAGGGAAUUGCAGAGGAGUAUGAUAAGAAGAAACUAGUCAAAGCUUUCAAAAAGAAAUUUGCCUGCAAUGGGACAGUGAUUGAGCACCCAGAGUAUGGUGAAGUAAUUCAGCUCCAAGGAGAUCAGCGCAAGAAUAUCUGCCAGUUCCUUACAGAGAUUGGCCUGGCAAAGGAGGAGCAGCUGAAGGUCCAUGGAUUCUAAUUGCUGAGAGGAGGAGAGCCCUGACUACAAAGCUUGACGUUUGCAGCCCUUGCAGUUCUCGUUAGAAAAUGAUGGCUUCUGAAUUAAGACUCUUAACACAGCUCCACCCUCGGGAAAGGGGAAGAUCCAGUGCACAAAAGGACAGCUCAAUAUGAUCCGGGAAACCAUGCAAGAGAACAGCAACUCCUAGUUUUAACUUUUCUUUUGACCUUUUGUGUGCUUCUUUUAAAGCACUGUUCCAUGUUUCAAUUUUUUUUGUACAAUGUUUCAAAAUAAAACAAGCAGAUGUCAUUCUGAA